AACUGAUUCGUGAAUUAUUGUUUACCUGAAUUUUUACCUGUCCCAGGUGUGAGUCAGAAAUUAAAAUUUGAAGCAAAAACAAAUGAAUUGAAGGGUUUACCUUCGUCUAAAACUAUGAUUAAGAUAGGUUCUGUGUUCCUGUUGCUGUACUGUUACACAGCAUGGGGUGCAGAUCCAAAGGUUCGAUUGCGGCAGACUUUUCCAGAAACCCAGUUGGUGUACAAUUACAAGACGCUAGUGGUGGAGAAAGACAAGGACUGUUACAUGGCCUGUGUAGUGGAUAAUAAACCUGCAGAUAAAAAGGUACAAUGGUUGAUACAGAACUUCAUGUCCAACACCACCAUCUCCAUAUCUACGGACACAGACACACAGAAUGCCUUCAAGUAUCAGAUAGACAAGCCAGCAGCCAACAACUGGAGGUUGAAGAUACAGAAUGUGCAGGAAUCCGACCAGGCUUUGUACAUCUGCCGUGUACAGCUAGGAGGACAGCAGAAUGCUAAUGACAGUCGAAUGAUUCAAGUAAUACAGAAGCCACAGGUGGUUGACAUCUUCACAAGCUCUGACACCACACAGAAGGAGGGAGACCCACUUACCCUGAGGUGCAGUGCCAGUGGAAUCCCCACACCCAUGAUUACCUGGCAGAUGUCAGGAGGCGGGGUCCUACCCACAGGAGGCAGGGAGCUUACAUCCCCAGUGAUAGUAAUCCCAUCAGUGGACCGGUCGUAUCGAGGGGAGUACAAAUGUAUAGCUAAAAACACAGCAGGGGUGGAUGUUAGACGAAUAUACCUCGGUGUUCUGUUUGCUCCAGAGGUGUCUGUCCACCAGUUCCGUAAGGAAGUGUAUCAAGCCCCGGGCUACAGUAAAGAGUUGACAUGUGAAGCCAAGGGCAACCCUGUACCUACCCAGGAACAGAUUAUCUGGUACAAGGAGGACCAGUUGCUCAGCGAUCCAAAUAAAUAUGUGAUGAAAUCCUACUUCGGAUCUAACUAUGUGCUGAUGAAACUCCGUAUCAAUGACAUUUCCGAUGCCGACUACGGUAUGUAUACAUGCCACGCGGAAAACAACGAAGGAGGGAACGAAAAUACAGUUAUUCUCAGUCGCUCAAGCAGUUAUGUACCGGAAUAUGAGAUGUUCCGGGCAUCUUCGGGGGGUAUGGGUGUGAUUGCGCUCAGUGUAUCAACGUUGCUGAUGUUCGUUGCCACAGCACUGCUUCAUCUGUGCUGAUAGCAGCAUUAACAUUACCAUGGAAAUUAAUACUGCUACUUUCCUUUCAACAGUUUUCAAAUUCAAUUUUAAAUUUAAUUUGUGAUAUUUGUGAUUAGUUUAAUUUGGUUCAUUGAAAAUGAAAAGAAAUCAAGUUUUAAACAGCAUUCUUAGAAAGGCAUAUCCCAUGAUGGUUUGGGUUGUUUAUUGCAAUAAUUCCUUUGGAAGGCAUAAACUUUUUCAGUACAUUGAGUUUUGAGAAUUAUUAAAUUGAUUUUAACUUAAAGGAAAUACCAGUUUUGAAAAAUAUUUGUGUGAAAACUUGAUGUUAAACUAUAAAUUUAUGCAAUAGAAGUGAAGUCCAGUAGCUUGAUGUCAUUGUAAAAAUGCCAUAUUUUCGUUCUUGGAAUACAUUAUGUCUGUUAAUUAUCAUUCAGAUAAUGGUGCAACAGUGGUCCUAUAUAAGUGCUUUAAGAAGCAAGCAUUGUGGAGCGAAGUAAAAUAUUAUUAAUAAAAUCCUGCCUAUAAUAAAUUGAAUCUCCCAAAACUAAACAGAAAACAAAUAUACAGCAUAAACAAAAAUAAAAUUGUUUCCUGUUUCCUGACAUAGCCUUCUGUUUUCUGUCCGCAUUUUUAUUCGCCUUUUUGGUGCAUAAUUAUGUUGUUGUUUACUUUGGAAAUAUGCUUUUAAAAUGUAUUGUUUAUACAGAGCACUCUUGUUAAUGUUAUUUCAGACAAAACAGAUUUUUAAGUUAAUAGUUAUAUGUGUGCCAAUGAUAUUCUGGGACACAUCUUUACCAAAAAUAAGAAACAAACUGAAACGCUUGACCUACCUACCCUACAUUGGGAAUUGGUUUUGAAGUGAAAUCGGAAACAAUUUUGUUUUUCCUUAUAAUCAAUAACCAGACAUUCUUCGGGGAUUUUUAACUAGCACAUUUGUUUAAGACGUGGAAUGAUUUAAUCUUUACUGUGCACCAUGUUGAAAGUUGUAAAUAGUUUUAAAUAAUUGUAAAUAGUUGUUUUUUAUGACUUAAGCUUAAAAGCUUUAGACUGUAUGAUAAGCCUUUUUCAUACCCUUAUAUGUAUAAACAUAUCAACUUUUAUAUCAUCAUUCUUUUGUAAAUAUAAAUCUAGAUGAAUUAUUUUACACUUUAUUUUUUUUGAUAACCAUAGCUUUUAUUUUUGGAAAUGUUUGAAGAUAAAUAAAAAAAACAUAGCAAGAGUUUAAGUACAGUUAUAAUGAACUUUUUUUAAAAAACAUUUUGUUGACACAAUUAUUGUAUGUAUAUUGCAGUUCAAUCUUACAUUCCAAAUGCAAAUUACAUAUCAUUGAUAUAAUUCUAUUUUACACACUGUAUAUUUUCAUAUUUUAUGAUCUUUUUAAUGGAAAUACACCUUAUAUACA